UGAAAGUUGUCGGAAUGGCUUCUCUGAAGAGGAAGAAGAGGUUUUCCUCCUCUAAAGUUCACCAGAAGUCUCUGAAGUGUAAAGUUCAGCUGGACAUUCACACAGUCACAUGUCCAGGAGUGCUUCUGUCUAGAAAGAACAGGAUCUACCUGAGUGUGUGUGUCAUGGGCCAGUACAGGAAGACUCCCUGUUUGCCUGCUGUCUUCCCUGUGCUCUUUCACCACAAAAUGGUGUUUGUCAAGACUUUCCCCGGCGUUGUUGACCCUGCUGAUGUAGCCGACCUCCUCGAAGCUGACACAACGUCUUUUGAGCUGAUUCAGUUGGUGCCUCCAGGGGGUGAGAUCCUCGCGACAAUGGAGGAAAGCAGCAGAGAUUUCUUGUUCCCUGGUUCCAGACUGAGCUCAGGAGAACGAGCGGCAGAGAGAGAAAUACUGAUGAAGAAGUCCUCAUUCUUUCCUGGAAUCUCCCUCAAAGUGCAGUUCACAACGACAUCAGUCAUAGAGGAGAGUGAUGGGAGAGAAGGCUGGCCGGCCUCGCCUAACCGCUGUCUUUCUCCCGUGAAGCCAUCUGUAACCCUGGCCAGACAAAGCUCGGAGAAGAAGUCUUCACCGUCCAGGCAUUUCUCCAGGACGGAUGACGGGGACUAUGUCUCUUUGAGAGAUGGAAAAGAAAAGCAAAAUAUUGAGGCAAACUCUGCAUUGCUAUCAUCAUCAUCCAGACAUCAUCCCCUUCUUUCUUCACCCCCGUCUGGCCACAGUCACCAGAGACAGAAGAAGGAAAGACAACAAGCUUCUGUCGACUGUGGCUACCAGCAGCCCACAGUUUCCUCAAGGACUCGAGCCCUGUCCCCUUACACUCAUCGCAAGAUGUGCCAGCUCUCGGAGGAUGCCAGGCAGAGGCUCAGCCACCUCCAGCUGGGGCCUCACCACUUCAGGAAGGAGACUGAGAGCCAGCCGCCCUUUUUGGUCUCUCAUUGCUGUAGUGACUUGGUGGUGGUGACUCCAUCCUCUUCUCCCCACAGUGAUCGACGCUCUCUUUGCUUCUCAAUUAAUCAAACAGAUUCUUACCUCCUGGGUAGUUACAGACCAAGAACAGCAAGAGUGAAGUCAGGAUCUGUGAGGGAGCAGCUGUCUCCAGAGACACAGUCCAGACAUGAAGCCCAAAACUCUGUGAUAGAUUCUGAUCCUGCUCAAUCUGCCCUGGCUACGCCAAUUUCCAGACGUCGUCUGGAUCUCAGCAACAAUUCCAUCAGAGAAAGGCUGCAGACCAGUCAGCCCAGUCCAUCCCACUGGGAGGAGAUCCACCGCCGAGUCCAGAGGAUCCUGCAGACACACAGAACAACCUGGGACCACCGAGUGAAGUUUGACCUUUUACCUUCUGAUCUUAAAGUAACCAAAUAAUUGGAAGUGACACUGCAAAGAUUUCUUACUGUUAAAAUGCGCGGAUCGUGAUCCGCUUCUUUCGUCUGCACUAACCUGUUGAUGCAUACUUACACGGACACACUUUUUUAAACAAAAGAAUCAUCACUCGAUUCGAUAUUAAUUUCAAACAGUUUUUGUCAUCAUUACGCUUAGAAAGGGAUGUGUUUGGGCUGUGGUUUAAGACAGGUGGAGCGGGAAAAUGGUGAAUGGAAGCUGCAGCUGUUAGGAGCUCAUCCCUCGAAACACAAAAGAGAAACAAAGAGGAAGCCAAGAGCCACCUUGGAGAUUUAAGGGAGAGAGGAACAAAAAUAGAAUCCUGAAUGAAAGACACAAUGAUAUUUAGCAAUAAGUUACACUGAAAUAUGUUAAAUGUUGCCAACGUGCACACUCUCCUGGCACAUAGGUUGUCAGCGGAUAUUUUUAUCCCAGGUGUUUGUAGUUACUGUACCAUUGACUCUGUUCUUUUCAUUCAUUUAAUUAUUUACACCCAAGGUUUUCCUACUGCAACAUGUCAGAAUGUCUCAUGUGACAAAAUAGAAUUACCACCCUGCUGUUGUGUCCCUCAAGCAACUAGUGCAGUGUCAGUGCCACCUGGUGUUCCCAGUAAUAUACUGUAUAUACUCUGAACUCGACCUUUGACCCCUGAUACCAGUUAAUCUGUGAAUCUAAGUGAACAUUUGUGCCAAAUUUGAAAGGAUUCUCUUGAGGCAUUCUUAAGAUAACGUGUUCAAAAGAGGGUUUGUAAGGUCACUGUGACCUUUGACCUGCGAGUCUGAGUGAACUGUUGUACUGAAUUCAAAGAAAUUUCCUCAAGGUGUUGUAGAGAUAAAGUGUUCUGUCGCGGGUGCAGCGGCGUAAAAUCCCAUGUGACAGUAUUAAACAGAGGAGCUUGCGUCUUUUAUUACAGUUAGAUUUAAUUAAGUGCAGCUGUGUUAUUAUUAGAUAUUUAUUUUAUAUAAAAGUAAAGGAAAUGUUUAAAAUUUUAAAGAUUGUGAUUACACUGAAUGCACUGGGUACAUUUAACUAAAUGUGCAAAGGAUCUGAUUAAUGAUCAAACUCCAUUCCAAGUGUAUUCCCCAUAUUGAUGAAUACCUCAGUCAGCAGGUGUCAGAUUGUGCUGCUCACUUCAAAAGACGACACGUUACAGAAACUCCAACUACUGUCAAAUACGCUGCAGAAUCUUAGUCAAUAAAGUUUGUUUUUCUGUGAAUCCUCAACACAGCAGAAAAUGUCCGACUGAUACAGAUUCUUGGUCCUGUAUGUAUAUAUUUAUCAAUGAUUCUUAAGAUGUCAUCAACAACCAUUUUUCUGCACUGCUUUUCCUGUAACUUUUUUAUAUGAUGUAAAUAUCUGGCUUAUUGUUGCCGUAGCUUGUCAGUCAUCUUUAAGUGACUGUAACAUUUUAUUAAAGCGGGCAUUUUGUAAAGGUUGAUAUAUCAGGUCAUUCUAAUUGAUCAUGAAGCAGAGCAGUUAGUUUUCUGAACAGGUCUCCCAGUUGAUUAAAUUUAGAUUUCACUGAUAAAAACCUUCCCCGAUGUAUUUUUAGAUGGGUAAAUUGGUGCAUUUCUGGCGUACUUGCGGAAAAUAUCUGCAAACCGAUUAAUCGGUCGGGCUCUACUGGGGAUAGACGUUUUUAUACGGUUAUAUUUAUCUUCACUAUAUUAUUUAUAACAGUAUUUCUGGCACACCACCAAACUGCAUGUGAUUUUCGAUUGAAAUAUUCAGUUUGCA